UAUCCACACAACAGUAAAAUAAGGACACUGCGAAGCUCUCUUCUCCUCUGCGAACGGCGCAUGAUUAGGCCACCGUGAGCCGUUCGGAGUGGCGGAGGAGUCGCCGGAGACGAAGAGAAGGGGGCAUCAUCGGAUUAUAGAGGAAGAUGGGCCAGGGGGUGAGCUGCAGCCGCUCGAGUUAUGAGCAUGAGUUCUUCACCGCCGUGCAGUCAGGCGAUCUAGAAUUGGUGGAGCUUGCCCUCCGGAGAGACCCGGAGAUGGUGUUUCAGACCACCAUCUAUGACCGCCUCUCCGCCCUGCACAUCGCCGCUGCUAAUGGCCGCGUCGAGGUUAUUUGUAUGAUUUUAGACCAAUCUGGAAAUCCUGAUUUGUUGAACCGGCAUAAACAAACUCCGUUGAUGUUGGCUGCAAUGCAUGGGAAGGUCGCCUGCGUGCAUAAGCUUCUCCAGGCUGGUGCUAAUAUCUUGAUGUUUGAUUCACUGCAUGGGAGGACUUGCUUGCAUUAUGCUGCUUAUUAUGGGCAUUCAGAUUGCUUGCAAGUCAUUUUAGAUGCUGCCCGUUCCAGUCCUGUUACUGAUUCUUGGGGGUUCACACGCUUUGUGAAUGUCAGAGAUGAUACUGGCGCAACACCUUUGCACCUUGCUGCGAGACAUAGACGGCCGAAUUGUGUCCAUAUUCUACUGGAGAAUGGAGCUCUUUCAUGUGCUUCUACUGGAGGAUAUGGAUUUCCAGGCAGCACACCUCUACACUUUGCGGCUCGUGGUGGAUGCUUGGAUUGUGUUAGGGAAUUGCUCGUGUGGGGAGCAGAUAGGCUUCAAAGAGAUUCAUCUGGGAGAAUACCGUUCAUGAUUGCUCUGAAAAAAAAACAUGGGAGGUGUGCCACCCUACUUAACCCUUCAUCACCGGGGCCUCUAGUUUGGCCUUCUCCAUUGAAGUUUAUCAGCGAACUUGAUCAAGAAGCAAAGCUUCUGCUAGAGGCUGCUCUAAUGGAAGCCAACAGGGAAAGGGAGAAAAGCAUCCUAAAGGGGGCAGCGUAUUCGGUUCAAUCCCCUAUCCAUUCAGAUGAUGGAACCGAUGAUAAUGUCUCAGAGACCAGUGAAUCUGAGCUCUGCUGCAUCUGCUUCGACCAAGUCUGCACCAUUGAGGUCCAAGCAUGUGGGCAUCAGAUGUGUGCGCAUUGCAUUUUAUCUCUAUGCUGCCACAACAAACCUGAUCCUACGACGUUGUGUGUGCCAGCUCCUCUUUGCCCGUUCUGCCGCAGUGAUAUAGCUCGAUUGGUGGUUGUCAAGACUAAGACCCUCGACGAUGGUGGAGCGGACACACCCUCGAGGUCAAGAAGAUCAAGACGGUCUCGCAACCUCAGUGAGGGAAGCAACAGUUUUAAGGGUCUCUCAACCCUUGGCUCAUUUACAAAGAUGACAGGCCGAGGAUCUGGUCUGAAAGCCGAUAGUAGUGAUACAACAGAUAAACCAUGAAAAUUUUUGCCAUUGGAAUAUGUCAUAGUUUUGUGACCUGAUCACGUCGAACUUCACAACAAAGAAAUUAAAAUUAAAUUCUUGUGUUUUGAUUUAUAUCUACAUUGUAAACUUCAUAAACAGUGUGAGUGACAGAUCAUUUGAUAAAUGUACCAUGGGGCAUCAUUGUGAGUCCCAUUUGAUUCUUUACAAGGAUUUUGUCAAGUUGUGUCUGUGUCUUCUUGUUGAGGUUGUUGAGCACAUGAAUUUUUUCUCA